CAAGUAUGAAUAACUCGUGUUCUGAUAGCAGUUCUGUCAGCUGUUCGUUUCUAGAUGACAAGUCUGUGACCUUGAAUGAUAUAACACAACAGAGCAUCAAUUGUGGAGAAUCGAGGCCCACUUACAGGUCGAGGAAACUGUCCAAGGCCAAAACGCCCUCCAAGUGCAAACUGAGGGAGAGGAGUGGAAAAGACAUGGGUGGUUCAAAGACACCUAGUAAAGGAACUGGGGAUCGAUUCAUUCCCGAUUUGGCCAUUUUGGGCAAUGAGGCUGUCCAUUUCAAACUCGUGCAGGAACAAAAAGCGAGAGAAGAAGUUGGGCUUGAUAACACCACAUCUGAAUCUGAACAAAGUAAUAUUGGUGAAACAGAUGGUCUAGACAACCAAGAAAGAUUCAACAUUCUUACCGACGGCCUAGACGAAAAGGUGAAAAUAUUAAAUUUAGCCAAUCAAAAUGGAGUUAAAGGAACAGCGCCUAAAACUGGGUUCGUCUGCUCGUCGCAGAAAUUAACGCUAACUAAGUCGAAGAGACAUAUUCCAGCGGCUCCGGUGAAAACUUUGGACGCUCCUGAUUUGAGCAACGAUUUUUACCUCAAUUUAAUGGAUUGGUCAGGAACUAACUAUUUAACGGUUGCUCUCGGCAACGGUGUAUAUAUGUGGAACGCUUCAAGUGGAGACAUUGUUGAUUUAGUUGAACUUGACGAUAAUCUAACGGUUACGGCUGUACGUAUUCACGAUCAAAGCAAGUACAUUGCAGUCGGAGUUUCAGACGGGUCUGUCUUGAUUUUCGACUCGGAAACGAAGCAAAAAAUACGCUCCCUCCGUGGACAUUCGCAACGUGUGGCAUGUCUAGACUGGAAUGGACCCAUGCUUUGCUCAGGAUCAAGAAGUGGCAAUAUUUUAACCCACGAUACAGUAUCGCCGAGUAGGUCCCCCGUUCAUAUGCUAGCUGGUCACACACAAGAGGUAUGUGCGCUGAAGUGGAAUACAGAGAAGAAGCUUCUAGCAAGUGGUAGCGCAGACGCUUCUGUGAAGAUUUGGUCCCUAGAGGAGGGAGCUGCUGCUGGAAGUUCAAGUGGUGACGAGAGGUUCUUGAUCAAUACUUUGAAUGGACAUAUUGCAGCUGUGAAAGCGAUGGCCUGGAUGCACAAUUCUUCUAAUUUCAUAGUUACCGGCGGAGGAUCGGCUGACAGAUGCAUCAAAUCGUGGAAUGUGACAUCUGGGAGAUGUGUAAAGACAGUAGACACCGGAGCCCAGGUGACCCAGCUGGCCUUCAGUACCCACUAUGACGAAGUCAUAUCUGCACAUGGACUGCCCUCUAAUGCUCUUUGCAUCUGGAAGUACCCAUUCCUUAGCAAGGUGAAGGAACUACAUGGACACACUGGUCGUAUCCUGCAGAUGUGCAUGUCGCCUGAUGGGGAGAUUGCGGCCAGUGCCGCGGAGGACGAGACCAUCCGACUGUGGGAGGUGUUCGCCAGAGACAACUCCACAGAGAAGAAAUCGAAUGCACGAAAAGUGCUGGGCAACAAUAUGGCUAGACAACCGGAGUCCUCUGCUCUGACGUCAUCGCUGCUGAUGAUGCAGCACCGAUAGGAAAAUGCUAAAUCACUUGCGAUUAAAAGUACCGAUUUUUUGUUUUACGACUAAAGAAACUGACUAUGCAAUUGUGUUGAAACAAUGAACAAGUCAUUCUUCAUGAGUACCUUUGUAAAGCUAGACGAGAUAAAGCAUUACUCUCAUAUAAAGUAAUCUGGAGACAUUUUUAGCUGAGCAUAAGUUGUUAUUAUUAUUGUGUGGCAAUACAAUGGAGUUUUUUAUUUUUGCUUUUUGAUCUGUUUAUUUUUUGAACAAACAAAACUGAAUUGUAGUGUAUUUAAUGCUAAAAUGAUGUUUGUGUGAUGUAGUGUGGUUUUUUAAUGAUGAUACCUUGCAACAUAGAAACCUGGCAAUAUUGAUUAUUGAAUAUUGAUUUGUUUGAGCGUUUAAUUAAAAGUUUUGA